AAUGAAAUAGAAGAUUUUCUUAUUCAGACUGACAAUUCUGACGAUAAUUGGGAAAUAUAUUCAAAUAUAAAGCCUUCACAAGUAAAAGAACUAAAGAAAGAGAAUAAGUUUUCAAUUUCUAGAUUUAUUGAGGAGAUAGAUCAAGAAACAGGUAGAUGGAAACAAAACCCUAAUGCAAAUAAAUGGAACAGUUUAUUUGUAAAAGAUGAAAUAGUUAAAGCACGAGUUUAUAAGAUUAUAACAGCAGAAGCAUUAGAUGUAAGAAAGGAAUUAAGAAUCAGAGAUGAAAUAAUUGCAGCAUGA